AUGCUCAAAGACCCCAGUCAUCGCGCAGAGAGGAUGCUCGUGUUUGGGCCUACGCUGGAGGACGAGAAUCUGAUUGUUCUUCUUGCCGACUGGGAGAGCGUUGAGGCUCCUUUGGAGACGGUCGCUAGUCCUGAGCUACAAGCUCUGACUGAACAUCUAUUCACACUGCCUUGA